UGAAAGCCAUGAUUCUAUGCCACAAUCACCACCGCUAUUUCCACUAGAAGAGCAAGAGCAAUUGUCGGGUGUAGUGGCACCCCGUCGAAAGCGCAAAAAGUGUGAUAAUGGCAACGAAGAAUUUCGUGAGGCGUUGGAGUUGUACAAAAAUGUUUGCAAAGUACAGCUGGCACCGAAAUGCAGCGAAACCUUGCGAGCUUUUGGGCAGAUGAUUGUUGCCACCAUUGGCGAAAUGAGUGCUGAGAAGCAAAUCAAAGCCAUUCAGCUUGUGACGAAUACAGUAAUGGCUCUUAAAUUGGAGCAUAAGGCAGAAGUUUCGCCGUAGACUCCAAAUUCACAAUCUUCACACAUUCGGAAUGUGUAUCUUCAUUUAACAGUAUAUAUAAAUUAGAUGACAUGGGAGACAACUUUUGACUCAACUAAUCGCCUCUAAAAUUUCCUGGAAAAUCGCCUGAUGUGAACACCGUAUGAGCUGUACGGAGAUGGCAACGUAUACAUAUUAACCACUAAACACU